AUGUCGGUUAGGAUUGUAGUCGAUGAAGUAAUCUUCGUUGAUUUUGGGAAAAACCAACCGUUAUACUCCUUAUUACCAGAUGAAGAUCGCUUACGCCAACGCAGCAUGAAUUUGGAAGUAAUACGACGUCGACAUGCAUGGAACAGUGUUGGAUCUUUAUUCUAUUUUGUAACGUUUAUCAUUAUGCUUUCUGACAACGAACGUGGUUUCGUUUACCGGCUCAUUCUUACGGAGGAGAGGUAUAAAGAAAUGCAAAAGAAUCAAGAAUUGACAGCAGAAUUCGACGAGUUCCCUGAAUUAAUUCAGGGGUUUUUAGAAAUGGCAAAGGAGCGCAGAGGAAUAUUUAUAGGAAAGAUUGAUGAAGAUGACAAGAUUUUCAGGUUGGAUAUGGUUGGCAAAUCGAAGGAUUUUGGAAUUGUUGGACUGCUGUCCUUGAAACUAGAACUUUUGGCUAUUUGGCAAUUAGCUGAUUAUGUGGAAGAGAUGAGUAGGACCCUUAAAGGUGCUCGAGGAUACCCGCAUGUUUGUUUCGCGUUAAAAUAUACAACUUCUGAUUUAAGGAAUAAAAUUCUUCGUGCGAGUGAUGCAGGUCGCUCUGGCUACACUUUUAAAAUUAUUUUAGAAGAUUGA